CCAGCAGGAGAAUAGCAUUGAGCAGAUGGAGUUCUGUGUGGCAUACCUCUAGAGUUUCUUUUUGGGGUAGGAUUUAUCCUAAUUCAUUUUGUGUUUCUGAUGCUCUGGACUAGUUUGACUUCAAGGCUUACUGGAUUGAAUUACCACUCAGGGCUAGAAGGCUCAGAAUGAAAUUCAGUUAAUUGAAGAUGGACCUUUUGUAGACUGAUCCUUGAAAUGUAUUGACCCAGAUGAGUGACUCUCUUUGGAUGGAUGCUCUUGUAAAUUGUUUUGGAGGUCGGUAGGAGAGGCUGACCUUCAUUCCAGAGGAAGUUCCGUGCUUUUAGAAGAGUAGAACAGCACUACACAGCUUUGGGGCAGCCUUCUGUCCUGUCUGUCAGAACAUUGCAAAAAAAAAAAAAAGUCCAUCGAAACUCCUAACAGGAAAAGUGAGUCACUUGGGCUUUGGCCCUCUCAGAGCCGAUUUCCAAUUGGCCUUCUCUAUUCUACUUGCAUGGUGGUGUGGGGGCACCAUGGCUGGCAUGAGACUCCGGGAUCUGGCAUCCUCUGAGCUGUACCGACGCCGGCAGGAUCGGCAGAGCAGCACUGGCUUGUCCCUGAAUGGUGGGGCAGAAACAGCCGGCAUCCUUGGUAACAUGUCUGAUGCCCUGGCUAAUGCCACAUGCCAGCGCUGUCAGGCCCGUUUUGAUCCAUCUGAAAGGAUCGUGAAUAGCAACGGGGAGCUGUAUCAUGAAAAUUGUUUCGUCUGUGCCCAGUGCUUCCGUCAGUUCCCAGAUGGACUUUUCUAUGAGUACGAAGGUCGAAAAUAUUGUGAACAUGACUUCCAAAUGCUGUUUGCUCCCUGCUGUGGGACAUGUGGUGAAUUCAUUAUUGGCCGUGUCAUCAAAGCAAUGAACAACAAUUGGCACCCGGAGUGCUUCCGUUGUGAACUGUGUGACGUGGUUCUUGCUGACCUGGGCUUUGUGAAGAAUGCCGGGAGGCACCUGUGCAGACCCUGUCACAAUCGGGAGAAAGCCAAGGGCCUGGGCAAGUACAUCUGCCAGAAGUGUCACCUGAUUAUCGAUGAGCAGCCCUUGAUGUUCAAGAAUGACUCUUACCAUCCAGACCACUUCAACUGUACCCACUGUGGGAAGGAACUGACUGCGGAGGCCAGAGAGCUAAAAGGGGAACUUUACUGUUUGCCCUGCCAUGACAAGAUGGGGAUUCCCAUUUGUGGAGCUUGCCGGAGGCCCAUUGAAGGCCGUGUGGUCAACGCCCUAGGAAAGCAAUGGCAUGUUGAGCAUUUUGUCUGUGCCAAAUGUGAGAAGCCAUUCCUGGGUCACCGUCACUAUGAGAAGAAGGGCCUGGCAUACUGUGAGACACAUUACAACCAGCUCUUCGGGGACGUCUGCUACAACUGCAGCCACGUGAUCGAGGGAGAUGUGGUAUCAGCUCUCAAUAAGGCCUGGUGUGUGAACUGCUUCUCCUGCUCCACCUGCAAUAUUAAGCUCACCCUGAAGAACAAAUUUGUGGAGUUUGACAUGAAGCCUGUCUGCAAGAAAUGCUAUGAAAAAUUUCCUCUCGAGCUGAAGAAAAGGCUGAAGAAGUUGUCUGAAUUGGCCUCCCGGAAAGCUCACCCCAAGUCUGUGGACUCAAAUUCUUUCUGAAAAGCCUCUGCUGGGAUUGUGUCCUCACCAUUGCCACGCUGACCUCUUCUUCCCUGUCUGCUCCUCUUCUCUGCUCUUCCUUUCAUCUUCCUUUUCUCCUCUUUCUACUUCUCUGCUUCCUCCUUUCUUCCCCCUUUUCCUCCACGUUUGUCGUCCUCUUUCUGAUAUCUCUUGAAUCUCCUGAUUGGGGCUCUGAAAUCCUAAGAGCACUCACUGCAGUAAAACCUGUUGAGAGUUGAGGAAAUAGAGGAAGAGAGGGGAUCUAGGAGGUAGAUGAGACCUGUACAACCCAUUCCAAUAGCCCACAGCUGGUUUGCUGCUCUCACCACCAUAAUAAGUCUCUGGCAUUCCCCAACUCUAGUUUCUGGGACCCUCUGAGAGUUUUCCAGUAACAUCUAGUUUGAGAUUAAACAACUCAGCAAGUGGGAAUACAACUGAAUCCCAACCCCCUCUGCUGUUUGGAAGUGCACCAGACACAAUUGAAGCCCUCAUUUAUGGACCCAACCAAGAAUCCUUUGGAAGUCAUGGUUCCUUUUUCCUUUAUUCCUUGGGAGAUCCUGUAGCUCAGUGGGCAAUGGCCUUCCCAUUUCUUUUCUACAAGCUCUGUCUCCCUGGUGACUCAUAUUUCAUUACCAUCUGUCUGAGAAAUUCCUUUCUUUUAGGGUAAGGAUUUUUGACCUGGAAUCCACAGACCCCUAGUGGUUCCAUGGAUAGAUUUCAGGAGGUUGGUGGACUUGAAUGGGGGAAAAAUAUAUGUAUAUAUAUAUAAUUGAUUUCUUU